UGCAUUAGUCUCUUGCGAGCCGUCGGUUAGUGCGGAAGCGGCUCGUAUCUUACUCUCUUUCUCUCUUUUUCUUUUUUUCUUCACUCUUCGGAUUAUGUAGUUAUCUUAUUAUACUUGUUCCUUUUUCUCUUUUAUCUUUUCUUUUUCUCUUUCUCUAUCAUUCUUUUCGUAUAUUUUCACUUGUUUUAUACGAUAUCGUGUCAUUGAUAUUGUUUAGUGCGUUUCAUGCAAAUUAACAUUUGAAGAAUUUGAUGAAUUUCUUCAUACCGGCGAAAUAGUUUUAGCUGCUCGUUAAAGUCGGUGGAUAUACUCUUAAGAGGACCGACAAAAUGAGGAACUCGACGUUGUUGAAGUGGGCACAAAAUUCGACGAAUAAUAAAAAUCAAACAAGUAAAAAUGGAGGAACGAGUAGAAACUGGAUACACCCACCGGACGCGCUUCAAAAAGGCCACAUCGCCUACCUAGUCAAGUACUUGGGCAGUACGGAAGUCGAUCAACCGAAGGGAAUCGAAGUAGUGAAGGAAGCGAUCUGCAAGUUGAAAUUUAGUCAGCAAUUAAGAAAGAGUGAAGGAACUAAAACACCGAAGGUCGAACUCACAAUAAGCAUCGAUGGCGUGGCAAUUCAAGAGCCUAAAACUAAAACCUCACCGAAACGAAUCAUGCAUCAGUAUCCCUUGCAUAGAAUCUCUUAUUGCGCCGACGACAAAGGAGAAAAGAAAUUCUUUAGCUUUAUCGCAAAGGAAGAGGACGCGGAGAAACAUACCUGUUUCGUAUUCGUAAGCGAUAAGUUGGCGGAAGAGAUCACGCUUACAAUCGGUCAAGCUUUCGAUUUGGCAUACAGGCGAUUCUUAGAAACGUCUGGCAAGGAUCUCGAAACUCAAAGACGUUGCAUGGUAUUGCAACAAAAGAUCAAGAGAUUGGAACACGAGAACAAUGUCUAUCGACAACGGUUGCAAGACAUUGCUGCUAUCAAAGGCUCAGCGGACGUGUCGACUUACCUCUUACAGCACGAUCUUCCGGAUAUCCUGCAUGUACCAGGAGCACCAAGCGAAUCUCCGCAAGUCAACGGCACUACAAACAAGUCUCCUCUCAUAGGAAUAAACAGCGACAGUAACGGAAACGCAUCUAAUGGUCCCCAGCAACCACCACCUGUUCCUCCUAGGAGUUUUGAAAAAUCCUUUGAUGACGAUUUCAUGGGAAGCGAAGCAACACCAACGCCGGUUGUUGGUACUAAAUUAGAGGGUCUCCUCAUGGAUGAGUUCGAAGAGGACUUUAAUCCUCGUGCAUACGAAACGGCAGCUAACGGUCUUGUUAAUCAUCAAACGAACAACAAUCCUCUUCUGAAUGGUCAACUGUCGUCUAAUUCUAACCUAUUUUCACAAACUAAUGGCACUGCGAGUCCGCCACCAUUAUUGGCACCGCCUCCAAAAGCUAAAGAUUCGAGACGACAGAAUGGAGUCAAAGAGGACCUUUUUGGCAGCGUGCCUUUCAAUCCUGCACCGUCUAUAAAUACAAAGAACGACUUCAAUGAUCCCUUUGAAAUGGGUGAAUUUGGUGCUACCACCAUAAACUCAAGUCCAAGCCAACAGGAAUUGGAAAAUGCCAUCGGACUUUUGGAUAAGAGAUUGCUCGAAAUGAAAGAUGGCUUCAGCAGAGGUUUAUCUAUCGGUACUGAUGAUUUUUCAUUGGAGAGUUUAGAUCCGUUAAGAAAUUAAAUCGAA